CAGUUCUAGCUGAAGAAACAAACUGAUCUACAUGUGCUUCACUAUUCGUUGGAAGAAUGACAGAUGACAAAGAUGUGCUUCGAGAUGUGUGGUUUGGACGAAUACCCACCUGUUUCACUCUGUAUCAGGACGAAAUAACUGAAAGGGAAGCUGAACCUUACUAUUUGCUUUUGCCAAGGAUAAGCUACUUGACAUUGGUAACAGACAAAGUGAAGAAACACUUUCAGAAAGUUAUGAGACAAGAGGAAGUUAGUGAAAUUUGGUUCGAAUAUGAAGGUACACCACUGAAAUGGCAUUACCCAAUUGGUUUGCUGUUUGAUCUCCAUGCAUCAAAUACAGCCCUUCCUUGGAGCAUCACAGUGCAUUUCAAGAAUUUUCCAGAAAAGGAUCUUCUACACUGCCAUUCUAAGGAUGUGAUUGAAGCUCAUUUUAUGGCUUCUAUAAAAGAAGCAGAUGCAUUAAAGCACAAAAGCCAAGUAAUCAAUGAGAUGCAAAAAAAGGAUCAUAAGCAACUGUGGAUGGGUUUGCAAAAUGACAAAUUUGAGCAGUUUUGGGCAAUAAAUCGAAAACUCAUGGAGUAUCCUCCAGAAGAUAGUGGAUUUCGAUACAUCCCAUUUAGAAUUUAUCAGGCAACUACAGAAAGACCUUUUAUACAGAAGCUAUUUCGACCAAUUGCUUCAGGAGGACAGAUGCAUACUUUGGGAGAUCUGCUAAAAGAUGUGUGUCCUAGUGCUAUCGACCAUGAAGAUGGAGAGCAGAAGACUCAAGUGAUGAUUCAUGGAAUUGAGCCAAUGCUGGAGACACCCAUACAAUGGCUAAGUGAACAUAUGAGCUAUCCAGAUAAUUUUCUCCACAUUAGUAUCAUUCCCCGACCUACUGAUUGAAACUCAGCUAUACUGGUAUGAGGAUCAUUCUCAAGCUGGAAUUACAAGGGCAUGUCAACUUCUUGCUGCUGUCAGUCUUGACAGAGGCAGCCUGACCAGAAAAAAAAGAAAAACAAAAAAACCUGAACCAAAACAAGAAGUCCCCACUGCUGCAAGCCAAACAGGAAGAGAGAUCCUGUUGUCAGAUAAGGGCAAUUGGGCUGAUCUUACUUUGCAUCACCGCUGCUUUUCUUCACCGCUGUAAUUAAAUCAGUUGCGAUAUGAAAGAAUUUACAGGACCUCUGCAAGUCUGCUCUUUUCUUGUAAAAUAUAAUGAAGCCGAAACUGUCAGCCGUAGAGCAAAUGGAAAUAUGCCACUUGAUUGUAUUUCUGAUUAACAAAUAAACAGGGCUGUUUCCUAAAGCGGUAGUGUUUCAACUUUGAGAGUGGAAACAUUGGUUUAAUUUUCUAGAAAGUUAGACACGGAGAGAUUCAGUUACCAAUAGCUUUUUGUAAAAGAUCAAAUUACUGUAAACCCAUCUUUCCUUAAUGAGAAGUUCAUGUUUACAGUAUGUGUAUUGGUAUGCAAAUGAUCUUUUAACUUUGAUAACAAGCAGUGAGAAAUUUUAAAGUAAACCCGUGAGCAUGUUUUGUCAUUUAUAAACAUGCACAACUUAAUAAUUUACAAAUACUUUUGAUUUGUAUGCUGUCACUGAAUGCUCCAGUAUGUUUAUUAUUCAAACCAGUUUUCAUAGACUAGCAAUGAUGUAGGAUAAUUUGUCUCAGGAUUUGUCAUGACAUUUCUUUGUCCUCAUCUAAUUUUUUUUUUUUCUGUAAAAGAAUUUUCUUAAUUUAGUUUAAAAAGUUUAAAAAAAAAAGUAAACGGAUGUCGCAAAA